AUGGCGUCUAAAAUUAUUUUCGCAUUAGGUUUUGUUGUAGCUGUUAGUUUAAUUACGUCCCCAGUCCAGGCUUCGGGCAACGUGCAACUCCCUGCAGUGUACCCUCUGGUAAACAUUCUCCUCCCGCUGUUGAACAACGUGUACAACCUCCUCCUGUCUCUGCUGUCCAUCUUCGAUACGCUACCAUCUUCCAUUAGCUGUCUGAUUCCCGUCGAUUUGGGAGCCUUGGAGACUUCUCUGCUUAAACUUUAUUCUCAGGCUCUCGCUAUAGUAAACUUCCUUCGUUCACUUCCUGAAUAUGCAGCUGGUGCCAACCCUAGCCAACCACCAACAGGCGUGGUCAACCUCCAAGGUCUUCUCACAACUCUCAUCACAUCAAUCACAGACCUGGCUGAAGACGUUCUUUGUGGCAUCGGUGGUGGUCUCCUACCAGGUCUACUCAAGCUGGUCGUCAUGCUGGUGGAAUGUUUGCUUAAGCUGUUACUUUAAAGACGAUAUUUGUGUAGCAAAUGCCACUUGUUAUUAAAUUAAGUGGUAUAAACAAAUACAGUGCAGCUUUUCAUUUUGUUCUUGAAUAUACAAGGGAGCUAACUAAUCAGGCACUGACUACUUUUAUAGCCAAUUAAUUACCUCAUUAUGAUAUUUUUCCAGAAUAAAAUGAUAACUCA